CAGAAUACAUUCCAUUAUGAUUCUUCCUUUUGGACGAACAAAGAGGCCUUUAACCUUGACGGGGGGAAGACUGGGUUUGACUCGCAGGAGACCAAGCUUCCCACAUACUGGAACACAUACUUCACCAAAAUCUGCCUCGGAAUGAGGGUUGCCAACCAGAUCAAGUUUAUUGUAAUCAACAAGAACGCCAGUUCCCUGCAUUCAUUGAUUGCUGAUGGACAAUACCGCAGUACUUCACUGGGUCGUGACACGUGGAAGUUGCUAAUAAGUCCUCUGGGCUCCUUGCAGGAAAAUUGCAACAGGGAAGGAUUUAAUGCCAGGAGUACGAGACAGUAUAAUAACAAAGAUAUGUCCAAAGCAAGAAUCGGUAUCCUUGGUAACAAUGAAAACGACUGCGGUCAAUGUCAAUCCAGAAUCGGAUUUGGUACAGGAGGGCUUCACGACAACACCAACACAUGUGGAAACGAGGCUACUUCUUCAGCGGCCGAUAAACACAUCAAGGCCAUGGGAUACAUCUUGGUGCAGUGAGAAUAAACAAAUCACGUAGGCAAUUAUGUUCGUAAAAUUGUUUCUAUACUGUGAUCGUAUUCUGUGAACAGCAUGAGAUUUUUUUUAAGUACACUAACCACAAAGCCAGUAGUAGUAAAUUUAGAAGUACGAAUGAAUUAUAUUAAUCUACAAAAACAGAGUUCACGCAGCAAGUAUUCAAAUACGACGACCGCUGGAUUCAAGUGCGUUGGGAAGUUGGGGGGGGGGGGUCCCACGUCUUGUAUGCCUUUCAAAUGGAUCUAGUUGUUAUGCAGGCUAUCUAGCAAAGAACGGAUCAGAGGCAUUAUCGUCAAAAAGCAGAAGGCGCAGUGUUUUCAACUUUUCAGCAUGCCGAUAUUUAGCCUGCAUCAUAACACAGGCACUUUAUGAGCCAAGCGAGGCAAACGCGGCAUUUUGCUCGAGGCGCGAGAAGAGGGGAGAAGAAAAAAUAAAGCGCUUGUAACCAGUCCAUUGCUCUGACUCUUCCGCUCACCUACGCCCACAAAUAUUGACUGACGGCAGUGAUGUCAAAAGGACCAAUGAAAACACGAUCCAAUACUCGAAAAUUGUCACCUUUCUGGGUACCAAAAACGCCGACAGCAGCAUAAACCCUAGGAAAUAAGAACUACGAGGGAAAAAAAUCACCUUCUAUAAUGCAAGACUCAGUACGUCAAAAAUAAAAUUUGCUCAGUCAAAGUUUAGUUUAUGUCCAAAAACCGCGGUGAGAAAUAUAGAUUGAAUACCCGUUUUUCAUACAAAUUCCAAGGUCACUUUUCAGAUUAUCACGAGCUUAUGAGUCGUGUUUGGCAUGUCAACACUUAAUUUCAAAAAGUUAGUAAGGCUUUUUCCAAACCCAGUUGGAAGCAUUCCAAGAACAUCUCUCCUCUUUAUAUAUGAAUAAAGCAUGUGGAAUACAUGGAGAUUCAUGGCCAUUGUGUGUUCCAGAUAUCGAUGUUGUGUCUUUUAUCUACGCUUUAAGGCAAACGUCCUUCACACACCUAGAAAGUUGAACAGGCCACUUUUCGCUAACUUCUGAUUUCUUUAAGGGUAUAUUUUCAUCGUUUGUCAUUUGUUUGAAUAAUUAAAUAGUAGAUUAAGAGAUAGAAUAGAGUAGAAUAAAAUAGAAUGAAGUAAGGAAAUAGCUUAUCUUUUGUCCCGCGAUACUCAUAGUCACUUUGUUAUUGAUCGCGAUGAUUCGAUCGCAUGCUGGAAGGUCUACAUCAGGCGACGGUAUCGAUUUACUGAGUGGGACUAUUAGUACCACCGUGGUUGCUAGCGACUGAUGUAUCACGAACCUCACUCUCACGGUUUGUAGUGGGUUUCGAUCUGAGGCUGUUGGUUGUAUCGUUAAAAUAUGACUUUAAGAGAGGUUGUCAGUGAAAACCAGGCAAAAUGUUAAACGGAAGGGGAAUAUACGUUUAUGGACUGCACAUUACUGGGAGUUUAUAUCAUAUUAACCAAUACAUACUUCACGCUUAUCUAAAAUAACUGCAGGGAUCAACUUCGUCCCUGGGGCGCUUUUCCCUGAUGUUAAAACAAGGAUAUAUUCGACGAUGGUAUUAAAGCCACCUCAUUAAUAUAAAAAUAGCGUUUGUUUCUGGUUUGCGUAUUGAAUUACGUUAUGACAGUCACAAUAUUUAGCAUCAUUUUUGAUUAAUUAUAACAUUUAGUUAUAUUUUAUGAAAUUAGCGAUAGUUGUUAAAGUAAUUCAGGCCUUUCACAAAUUAAAUAAAAACAAAACAUGAAUUUAAAUUGACCAAAUGAUAGAUGUUGUUUUUAGUAGUUAACUUGUAGUAUGUUGUGCUUUCUGAUUAUCCUUUUAUCACAUAUUUUCAAUUUUCCCAUUUAUUCUUAAUUGUUUUAUUGAAAUUUUACUUUUGAAGGGGGCCUCAGAAACCCCCUCAUUUGAUAAUGAUAGCAGAUGUUAAAAAGCCCGGUCUGAAUAAUUUCCCGUUUAAUCUUCGUCUUCAUCAUCAUGAUCUCGUUCCACAUGACCUGUGCCGUCCAUCUGAUGUAUUUGGUGGCCCCAGAACAAACGCUCGGCUAUUUGUUGAGAGCAGUCUCCCAUAAUCAUGACGACAUAGACUAGGGCCUUAAAUGACGAGUAAGAGAUUUAAUCGUUUUAACUCUCAAUAGAUCAGAAGUGUUAAAUUGAACAAACUAACCUCAACGAAAUGCUCAUUUUUGGUACGUAGGCCUCUUGGACAUUGUUCUUUCAGAAUAUCCUGACAAAUCCCAUAAUUUCAGAAAUUUAAUUUUUAUGACGUCAUCACUCUUAACUCUAUUCUCAGACACAAUCCCCUUUACCUCGUUUGUGAACCUUCGCAUCUAAAGUUUAAAAAGGAAGGUAAACCAACAAUAUGAAUUAAUCAUACGUUCACGAACGAAAUUUUAUUAGGGUAAAAAUUAUUUAAAAGAAAGCAGCAAACGUGAGAUUUGCCAGGAAGAGGGUUAGAGACAACGCUGAAUUCAUUUGUUGAAAAGGACUCGUAUAUUAUUAUUGUCAUUUACUUACCAUUGGUGUAGAAAAAAAAAGCGAAAAGUCACUACUUAAAUGUAGUAGUUUUGCUCUACGGCAGAGUAUCUCGGAGGCUACUUAUGUUUCCAUUCUUAAUGUCCUUGAUGUAGUUAUGUGAACAGUCAAUAAAAAGAAAAUGACGACAUUGAUGUCGUUUACAAAGUAAACGUAAAUGAUAGAUUACGUCUUAAAAAAAUAAAAUAAUAGUAGUUCUGCUCUCCGGUUGGCGGUGCUAAACAAAGUAUCUCGGAGGCUACACUUUUCCAUUCUGAGUUAAUGUCCUUGAUGUAGUUCUGUGAACAGUCAAUAAAAAGAAAACAAUGACUUUGAUGUUGUUUACAAAGUAAACGUAAAUGAUAGAUUACAUCUUAAAAAAAAUAAAAUAAUAAAAGUAGGAAUCAAGAAGAUGGGAAAACAGCGAACCACUGGUGAAUAGCAGAGUUACCUUUAAACCUUUUAAAUCAGGACUCUGCAUUAAAGACAUACUGGAGGGGUAAUCCCUGUUUGUAAACAAAUCAAAUAAUUUUAGUUAUUAAAGCAUUAAAGUGCUGUUAAUGAAAACAAGGUCACAGAAAAAUCAAAGCGGCUAAUUUCUUAAUUUCUUUAUGAUUAAGACCGCCUUAAUACCAAGCUAGAAAGGAACAAACUAACUCGAGGGUUAUCAGCUGUAGGUAUUGACAAUCAUUCACAACAUCUCUGAUAACACAUGCUAAAGACUAAUUAAGGCUGCAAGGGGACGCAGAAUGUCGAAUUUGAAUGAGCGCAAAUUAUAGAAUACUUACGAUAGGUUGAUCUCCCUUUUUUACAUCCACAAUUGUAAUCUCCAGGAGGAGUUUUCCUUAUUCCGACACAAUCGAAAUGAAGCCAUUUCUUGCAUGUCUCGCAAAAUAUCCAGCUCCUGGUUUUUACUUCCUUUCCGGAAGGUACCGUCUGGAGGGGGGCGUAAGGGGGGUACGAAUACCGCAAUACCGCACGUGGUAGCGCGAGAAUACCGCAAUACCGCAUCAAAAUUUAGCCAAAUACCGAAACCGCAGUUACAAAUGGGAAAAAGUUGAUGUUGUCAAUACUUCAAAUCCUCCUUUCAAAUAGAAAUAAUACUUUUAUGUCACUGUUUCCAAAUCAAGGUGCGUCGAUGUCAAGCGUACGAUAAACAUAAGAUCAUCGCACUCGUUUAGCUUUGUUUAUUACAUGUAUACGUUUACGUAAAUGAUACAACAGGAGUUUUCUAGUAUCACUUUAUAUAUUACUGACCUGGAUCAUAAACGGACGGAAAACGGUUGACUCUUAUGAGGUUGUUUCAGAUUCACAAUUAACUCAGUUCUGUGUUGAGGGUUUCAAAACGACGACCCGGGCUGCCUUUUGGAUUCGAAGGGCACACAGUACAGAAGUACACACUAGCCUGCGUAGCAUGGCGGUUUUGGUUAGGCGCGCUAAAUAAUAAGUCGAAAUAAGGCGGGCGCGGGCGAGGAGAUUGGGGCGGGAGCUGCUUCGCUGCUCACAGUGGUGCUGCCGACAGAACCAUGUAAAACUGCCAUGCCCGGGGUGGGGGCGGGGGGGAGGGGGUACUUGGGUUAAUAUUUGGUUGGUAUGUGCCGCUGGCCUCUCAGAGCCCCUACCCCUUACAGUCUAUUCUGUGGCCAAUUAUAGACCCCAUCUUAGUCAUUUGAACAAAUAUUUAAUUUUCGCGAUCCCAACUUCGUCACUUUCUAUUUUUAUGAAUUGACCUUGUUUUAGAUUGAAUGAAGAACACUUUACUUUUCAUCUACAAUACAAACAUUCUGGUACCUUUGCUAACCGUAAAUAUGAAGAACUGUCUUACCCCAAAAAGCAGAAAAUGCGCGACCCCAUUCUAAAAAAAACUCUCUGAAAAUGCGACCCCAUUAUAGUAACUCCAGUCGUGAAAAUGCGACCCCAUCCAGCGGCACAUCCUCAUUAGCCUCUUAUCAGGAAGUACCCCCCCACCACCAACCCCGGGCUGCUAUGCUACGUAGGGUAAGCACACACGAAUAUUAGUACAUUCUAUAUUCCUGCAUGCACAACGAGAAGGACAAGUAGUAAUUUUUAGACCACACCGUCUUUAUAGAUUAUCUUUCGACACUACGCAAUUUAUAACGAUCGCACUGACCUCACUAUUUGCUGGAAUAUCUGACUGAUCACUUAGUUGACCCUCUGGAUCGCUCUCUGUUGUUUGGCGACUGGCACGAAAGUGGUGGUAAGAUUGGUAUAAAGGAGGUUAACCAAGCUGACUAUUCCUACAAGGUCCAUGAAGUCAUAAAUAAUGCGACAUGUUUACGUAUCAUUGGAUGAAAAAGUUAAUGUCGUUAAUCAUAUCAAGUAUUAACAGGGGCUCCUGGUAUUAACUGAAAUUAGAAGCUAUACGAUUUGUCUGCACUGUUUGCGCAAUACAAUCCCCGACUGUGAACACAGGUCACGCAGGCUAGCCAGGGAGACCUUUUAGGAUUUGUAUCCUCUUGUCAUGAAAAAGAAGCAGAUCACCGCGACACAACGAUUUUUUCACCGACUACCGCGGCGUAAAAUGUAAACUUACCGCAAACCGCUUGGACUCUGAAAACCGCAAUACCGUACUUUGAAAUAAAAAUUACCGCAACACCGCACCAAAAAUGACCCAAUACCGCAAUACCGCAAACCCUUACGCCCCCCUCCGUCUGGUAAAUAAAAGCCUCACACUUCUCACCUUCCUCUUCACCUUCCUCUUCACUCAGUUGUCCUCUUUUUCUUUUUCUCCUGUUUAAAGCAGCGGUGGAUGAGGAUGCAAUGGCUUUUACGGUAGAUGCUGAAUUGGAGGAUGUAGAUGGAUUAUAGAGGCUAUAUUAUAGGUGGUUGAUCUUGUUAUUCUACGGACUGUAGUUGUUGAUCUAGUUGAAUAAGAUGCGGUAACAGCGGAGGUGGGCCUUGUUGCUGUAGAUGUAAUUGUGUUCGAUGUUGUAACAGAGGAGGUUGAUGUUGCUACUCCAGGGUCCAACGACGUUGCUGAUGAACUUUGGUUGUGUGUAGUAACAGAGGAGGUUGUUGUUGCUACUCCAGGGGCCGACGACGUUGCUGAUGAACUUUGGUAUGAGCAUACCGAAUGAAAUCAGUUCUGAGUUCACUCCGCUAAGAGACCAGAGUGGAUUAUUUAUUAGAGAAAGUUUUCGUAUUCAAUCGUCUCAAUAUUUGAUGGCAUUUAUGUGCAUUAGCGAAUGUUCUUAAUUCGGUACACAUGCACGGCAACCUGACAAAGAAACACAACCAUUUUGCUAACCUUUUGGCCGCCUUAACAUCAGGUUUAAAGUAGGACGUAGGCCAGUAGCUGAUAUUUAGGCAGGCAUAUUAAAACACGAACACACAAAAGUGUUUUCUAUAAAGGAUCGACAGAGAAACGACUGAAAACAAAGCGGUGAGCGGUGCUUGACUCAACUGUGUCAUUUUCUCACUACGUGUAUCUUUUACAAGGUAUUCACCGCAGGACGUUUUGCUUACACACCCAAACAAAUUUCCGUUUUUACAGGCAAAAGGUGUCAUUUCCACAGCUCUCGUGGGGUGAUUUUCACGUGCACUUACUUGCUUCGCUCUCUCUAAAAUCCAUAUAAAAAAUUACAGUGCGAUUGCCAUGAGAAAAAAUAUACCUUUUUAUCCAGCCAGAACCGGCAUAAAUUUUUCAUAUUUUCAGCUAGCGAGGCGCUCAUUCAGAUUUCCCAGCCAGCUAAUUAGCCAAUGUUUUUUUAUCCAGCUAGCUCAAAUUCUGCCUGAAGAGCAGGUAUUUUGUCGAGCGGCUCCGUUGGGUACUCCUGUUUGGUUGUGUGUAGUAACAGACUCGGAGGUUGUUGUUGCUACUCCAGGCACUGACAAUGACGUACUCAUGCCAAGAGUAGUGGUGGUGGUGGCGCUGGUAGGUGAUGGGAUGGAGGCUGGGUUAUUUAGCCUAAAAAUAAUAUCGUCUUUCAACGAUAUUAUUCUUUUUAAUGUUCCCGCCUCAUAACUAGAUGGGUGUUUAAGAGGAAUUGAAUCCACAUUUAACACUUCCAAAGAUAUCUUAUUGUCCUUGAUAUCUUUAUAAGGGACCCUCAAAUCCGUCUUGCUGUAGGCUACGCCUGCAAAAACAAAAACAAUAGAAUCAGCACCGAUUCUGGUUUGAUCAUGACUAUUUUGAACAAAAACACACGCAAAUGGGACGGAGAACAAUAAAGAGAACAACGAAAAAAAAAAAAGUCGGAAUAAAGGUAAAUUUACUCCUGUAAAGCUCCCUUACUGUAGUACAUCACUAUUAAACAUUAUAAAGCAUUAUAAGUAAGCCUUAUUUUAAUCGAUAUUGUUUAAAAAACUGAAAGCCAGUAAUAUGUUUUGAUCAGAAAAUGACUCAGUGCAUAAUAUUCUUUGAUACUGAAGGUAGUUCAGUGUUUAAGAAAUUUUGUUGGCGAGUAGAUAGAUUGUCAUCUGCAAUGAAAUAUACAAAAACUGAAAUUUGAGGUUUGUUCGUUCAUUGCCCUUGGAAACAGAAGAGCCCGCUCCGCAGAGAUUUUUACAGACUUGGUAACUAGAAUAUCUGUAAAACUGUGAAAGGUUUGAACUUAGGAGUCAUUUCAAAAGUGGGUUGAGUUUGAUCGUCCUGGUGAACGUAGUCCUGAAUAGGACUGUUGUUGUUGACAGUGACUGACGUUUCGACAACCUGUGCGAUAGUCAUCUUCAGAGUCAAAGUGAGUUGUAUCACGUCAGUUGAUGGUAUUAUACUCUGGUUAUUGGUCUGAUUGGUCAAUUACGUUGCGAUGUUAUUGGUCGUCUGUCAGUUAAGCCGUGAUGUUAUUGGCUAUGAAGACUCGUAAUCAGUAAUUAGUGCGUUUCGAUCCGUCUUUUGGCACAGUUAAACACUCGUCUAUUGUUAGUCAAAUUGUCAGUUCUCCAGUCGUUUUCUCGAUGAAUCUCAUAGUUUAUUAGAUAUAAUCCGUGUAAAGUUUGCUUAUCAUUUUCGCAUAAAUUAUGACCUAAAUUUGGAAACCGCUGAAUUUCUCGAAUUGGGUCUUUGCGAUUUUGGUGAAACUCUGUUCAGCGCAAGGCACUAAUGCGCACUAUGUGUAGCCGAGAGAUUUUCACGAAAAAAUGCCGGCAACAGCAGAUUUUCGACUCAGACCUCAAAGGGGCGUGGCAUUAUAACCACGUGACAUUUACUCCCAUCGCCAAAAAUUUUGUUAUAUUGUAGAUUGAUCUAUAUGUUAUCCAUUCUAUAUGUUAGACUUACGAUAAAAGUAAAGGUGGGGAUACCAGAGAGCUUCAAAGUAGGAUGGUACCCCCCAAAAAAACUGGGUCGAGUCACCCUAAGUUACUUAUCAUUAAGUUAGGGAAGUUCAAUUGUAUAAUUAUUUAUUCGAUCCGUCAAAAUUUUUCCUCCCGUUUCACUUCUUUAAAGUCCUUUUUAUCUGUUCCUUUUCUGUUACAGGGUGUCCAGCGCCAUGGAUGAACACAAAAAUAGGAAAAUAGGAAACUCAGGAUUGAGAAAAUAGGAAAAAUAGGAAACUUUGUAUUAAAAAAUAGGAGAAAAAUAGGAAAAUCAAUAUUACUUUCGCCGACAAAGAUAGUCUGCCAGCCCUGAACCCCAUCAGGGUUGUAAUAAAGGUUACAAGUCCUCAGCUUCUAUACGUUCACAGCAUUUAGAUCAACUUUCGCAGCUUAGAAAGAGUGAUCAGUAUUUUAAAACAUUUAGUUUAUUGGUUCAGAUAAGCUGUAAUCAGAAUGAUACGCUUGAUUGCAGCAGGUCAAGCGUGGUUCUAUAAAUCAAAGGUUAUCAUAUGCAAAUUCCCUUCAAGUUAGGUUGCGGCAGAUCUUUGAAAAGCUUUGUAGAAUGAAAUUUUUUAGGAUAGAAAUUCCUUACGAUUUCGUUGUUAUUGAAGGAUAUCGAACUAGGACUAAAAAUUCCUAUGGAAAGCUUUUCUUCCAUUUAUCUGCAAUCGGUAGCUGGUUGAGAAUAUGCUUGUUUGAAUCAAAAGACUGCAUAGUUUUAGUAAUUACGGAACCAGGCUUUCCGCGGUGUACACAAAAUGACACUAUUUAGCUAUUUGGUAUCAGAUUGUAAGUGUGUCAUAGUUAAGUUCUAAGAAGAACGUAACACUCUGCUUAGCUAUGACUGCAAGACCGGUUUCGCAAUCAAAAUAUUAGAUCCGCCCGCGCCGGUUAACUCAAUGGGAUAAGCGCCGGUCUGCUGAGCAGGAGGCCGUAGGUUCAAAUCUCGGCUGGACUAACACUGAAGGUCUUAAAAUAACUGAGGAGAAAGUGCUGUCUUUGUAAUCACAUCUGCAAACAGUUAGCCUUUCUGGUCUCGGAUAAGGACGAUAAACCGUAGGCCAUUUCUCACAAGCCCUUGCACAUGUAACAAAUCUGUGGGACGUUAAAGAACCCACACGUAGUGCCCGGUGUAGUGGUCUAUCUCACUUUCACACUUGUGUAUGGGGGCAUCAUUACUCAUUCCUUCAUUACGUGUAAACUGCACCUUAAGCAGUCUGGCAAAGUCCCCCAACCAGUGUUUUAAGUUAUCCCUGAAAAGCCCUGAGGGGAGUGGAUAAUAAGAUAUCUACAAUUUACGAUUUACAAUCCUUCGUCAGUUGCUUAGGAAUAGCUGUUAACAAGGGCUCACCAAGAGAGCUAGUGCGGUAAACUAAACUUGAGUCUGUUCUUUUCAUGUAGCAUCCAGAAUUCAGCUAGGGAUUGGUUUUUUAAACAAGAAGCUGAUUGGAUGAUUUAUCUGAACUGUGUUGUGAGAGAACAACUCGAUACUGUUUUCCGUUUCAAAGAUGAACAUAAAAGCGAGCAAGACUUCAAAAUAAAAUAUAACAUGUACAGAUACUGAAAUGCAGUUUCAGUGGGCUAUGCACAAUAUUAUUCAAUAGUCAUGAGAACCACAUUGCAUAACACUACAUACAAUACAUGUAGGUGCACUAGAAAAUAGUACAAAAAGUAGCAACAUAAUAACGUUGUUAACAGAACUCAAAAAGGCAAUAGAGGUCAUGAAAAGAACAAAUGUAACUAUUAGUUUUUCUGAUAUAAGAACAUCAAAGCCAGCAUACUACUUGCUUUAUGAUAGAUCUCACUCUAAAACAAAUACAACUAUAAUUCCAUAUUCAAUUUUGUUACAAAUUUUGGCUUCACAAGCUAAAAAAUAGGAAAAACAGGAGAUUUUAGUUAAAAAAUAGAAGAAAAUAGGAAUAGGCUCAAAAAAUAGGAAAAAAUAGGAAAAAAUAGGAACUAGACACCCUGCUGUUAUUACGUCUUCAGAGAGGGUUCUCCUGUUAAAUUCAUUUCGUUCCUCUUCAGAAAGCUCUUUCCACAUACUCGAUAAGAAAAACAUUCCUCUCAGCGAAAGUCAUGGUAUCCAUCGUCACUUCUGUGAGGAUGGAUAAUCGUGCAAUGAUGUAACUCGAGUACAUAAGCCUAGUCAUUGUUACCCGUUAGUCAGUCAUAUGCACGCUGCUAUCACGGUCAAGAAUAUCUUGUUUAUAGCAGCGAGCGUAUGACUGACUAACGUGUGAUAAUGACUAGGCUUAUGUACUCGAGUUACAUCUUUGCACAAUCAUCCAUCCUCACAGAAGUGACGAUGGAUACUUAGCACGUGGCGCAACAGAAUUAGCGUCCUCCAGGACAGCAGCAAUCGCAGACGCGCCCGACUGAAAACCAUUGCCAACAUCUCGCGGUGGUUACAGAAGCAAAGGGAGCACGGCCUGCUGCGACGGUACUGUAACUCUGCCGACGAAACGGCAGCAGGCCGCGCUGCGGAGAACUUUCCUGGCCCGCUUUUCACUGACACUCUUUGAGAACUGACAACUUUGCAUAUAUUAUUCGGAUUUACAUAAAUAAAUGCUUAAUACGUCAUCACACGGGAUAAUUAACGAUUAUUCCUCGAGUCCGAAUGGGCUAUUGACUCAGAGGCCAUGAGGGCGAGAGGAAUAAUUGUUUUUUAGUAAAAUCCAACUAGUUGGUCAAAAAUAUCGAGACAAAACUAGUUUAGCUGGCAAAACGCGAUUGAGCGGCCAUUGUUUUGGUUUUCAAAGGCGGCGCUUUUCGCUACUGGUGUGCUAUAACAUAUCUGCCUAGUAAUAGGUAAACCAAUCAGAACGCAGCAUUGAUAAUAGACCACUGGUUGGAUUUUACUAAUGAAUAUUACAUGACUGUGAAUACUUAUAUUUUCAACAGAUGAAAGCGAACGAAGAGGGCUAAUUGACAUAAAAUUUAUGUUCAAGAAAAGUAAUACUGCCACCAUUUUGGAAUAGAAUGUUACCGUGAAAGGGUCUAUUAAAGUUGCAGAAACGUUUGUCUUAAUGGACUAAGACCGAAAAAGGAUAACUCUUUGAUUUGAAUGUUUUACCUUGAACACAAUGUUUUAGUGUGUAUAGCUGAAAUGGAUCCAUAUUAAGACCAAAGAUUGAAACAAUAGGCGACCACGUAAUUCUCUGGUGUUGCAGUAAUUAAAGUAUUGAAUUUAACAGGUAUUCACUAAUACGAAGCUUUGUGUAGAAAACGGAGAAUUUCGCUUUCUUAACAGUUUUAAUAAAUUCGUAAGCUAUAUGGAACUUGCAAAUAAAUGAAGGGACGUCUUUUUGGACUAAUAUGGUUAAAUUUUCAACAGCUGAUCAAGGCGAACAAAGAGGGAUAACUGAUUUACAUAAAUAUUAAAGAAAUGUAAUGUUGCCGUCCUUUUGGAAUAGAAUGUUAUAAUAAAACUCCAUAAACAUUUACCUUUGUGACUUUAUGACAGAAGAUCUAGAAAUACCAAGAACUCUCUUGGAAAUAAUCCAAGCUUAAUUAUUGCAUGUAUAUCUUUAAAUAAGAUUACCCAUACUUUUAUGCGGUCUCGACGCGUAGGCUUUCUAUAACGUUUAAAAAGCUGUAUACAAAUGAAUUUAGAAAAGUUUUUUUAGAUCCAAUCAUUUUCUCAGCCGUUGUAAGAACACGGCCGAGGCGGAAAAGUGGCACGCACUGAACUGAUGCAUUCAACUUCCGGAAAUUAAGCUGUCCUCAGUUGUGUCCUUUGUCCACUGCAUACCGUUCUUCUCAAGAUCUAAACUGAGAAUAACAGUUAAAAAAACGGGAAAAUGAGCUUGUUUACCAACUAAAUGCGACAAUUACUCAUUUUACAAAUGCAUGAUAAAUAAAUAAAAGUAAACGAAUGAAUAAUUAUGCGCCUCCGGCUGUUUCGAUUUUCGGCAUUCUUCUAAGUAUGCACCAAUUAUUCUGCGCCAUCGUGGUCAGUUCGCUGCCCUUGAAGUUGCUGAGUUUAUAGAAGUUAGAGUAUAAAGUGAUAUUCUUUGGUAUUUUACGUAUUAAGCUAAAUUUUUCAUUUCGCCUUUUUCAUUUUUCUGUGCUCAAAGCUUGUUAUUUCUCCUGGAGCAAAGCCAUAGGUGGAAGAAAAUAUCCUCGUGUCAAUUUCUAUUUCCUUAUGACUUUUCAUUGGUCAGAAACCUCAGAGACGCAAAUAAUUAUCGAUAUACAAAAGCAGCUGCCUGUUGUUUGCGGCCCUAUGCCUUCAACACCCAAGUUGGCAUAACAGAGUGGAGUGAAGAUUUCUUCCACGGAAGUACGAAAGGAUUUUAUUCAAACGUUCAAAGUGCUUUAUUCGUUAUGUUUUUCGUUCUUAUUGUCCUGUGGACUUCAAUGACGUCGUUCUGUCUAAUUCAAGGGCAAUUCUGCAGUGGAGGUAAGAGUUGUUUGUGCGGUGCACAAUAUAGCUAGACAGGGAACAUCUUAUAUGCGCAAAAACUGUUUUCAUCUCAGUGAUAAAGUAAAAAGAUGACAUUAAUAGAAAUCAACUAUAAUAUUAUGAUUUACAUUAAUUUCGGGUAGUUCGCCAAGUUCAUUGUCUUAAAUAGACCCUACUACGCGAAAUUUCACAGACUUUUGUAUGGUGGGGGGCCCGAACUUGCCCCCAUCAUACAUUAACGUCUGUAAAAUUCGGCGACUUUACAGAGUUAUAUCUUCGUUAGUUUUGGACAAGUCACCUUCAAACUUAAGGCAAUUUUCAGUAUUGAUUUCAAGACGUUCUUUCUAGUAGUGUUGACGUAUUUGCGCUAACUAUUGAAGAUGCAGAAACAUUUGUCUUAAUGGACUAAGACCGAAAAAGAGUACCUCCUUGGUAUGAAUAUUUUACCUUGAACUUUAUGUUUUAGAGUGUGUAUAGACAUGGAUCCUUUUUUAUACCAAAGAUUUGAAACAAUAGGCGACCACGUAAUACUCUCUCUGUCUGGUGUUGCAGUAAUUAAACUGUCGAAUUUAACACGUAACUUUUCACUAAAUACAAAGCUUUGUGUAGAAAACGGAUCCUUUUUUAGACCAAAGAUUUGAAACAAUAGGCGACUGCAAAUACCCCGGGGCAAAUACUCAGUCUAUUUGGUUUUGCAUAAAGCAUGGAAAUUAACAGGUGUUCACUAAUACACAGCUUUCUGUAGAAAACGGAGUAUUUGGCUUUCUUAGCAGUUUAAUAAAUUCUUAAGACAUAUGGAACUUGCAAAUAAAUGAAGAGACCUCGUUUUGGACUAAUAUGGCUCGGUCGGUUAAUGCUUAAUUUGCAAAUUUCAUGUGAGCCUUUAGCGAGGGGAAAUUAGCCUACUGAAUAAGAUCGUGUUGCGUUCAAGCUGAAUCUAAGAAAAGCUAACUGCAUUUAUUAAAAUGAAAAUUAUUAAGAUGUCGUGUGUCUCCAGUGUAAGAAGUCGAAAAUUAAAGAAAACCGUCUGAUAUUUUUUCCCGAAUUUGAUCAUCUGAGAACAAAACAUAACAGGCCAAAACGGAAUUUAUUGACAGCUUAGCUGAGCCUUUGGCUCGACUGUGCGCCCUUACCUUGUUUUUUGUGUCGCUGCAAAACCGUGGCCUCGAUCGAGGAUCAUAUCACAUACAAGGUAAAAAAUAAGUCGUGAAAUCAUUUCAAUGUCCACCUGGCUUAAAGAUUACAGGUUGGCUUUCGGAAUAAUUACUCUCGUUUAUCGAAAAAAACAAACAAACAAAAAAUUAUCACGAGUUGUCUCUAGUAAGUGUUUAUGAUAUUAUUUCAACUAGACGAACAAGUUUAAACAAAGAAAGGGCUAACAAACAAGACUUAAUUGAAAGUUAUGUAUUUUAUUAACGUUAAGUUCAGGAUGGAAUUUCUAUCUUCUAUUAGUAUAUCUACUCGGACGUCUGUUAUACCUUAAAAAAGGUGCCUCGAAAAUUAGUGAAAAGCCGCGAAAUUUAGUGACCCAUAUAAAAACCUUUAUUUAAGUUUUCUGUCUGCUAGGAGUACUUAGCUAAAACUGUGGGCCUAAAAUGAUUGCAAGUAUGUCACACCUUGCAAAAUAUUUGUCCGCCCCUGUUUCUUAGGCUUAUAACCACGAGUUUUGCAAUUCCUAUACGCAAAUCCGUAGGUAUACUGUGUUUUGUGUUCAAUUUAAAAUUCAGAUCGUUUUUAGGUAUAUAUACACAGUCAGGUACUCUUAGUUGUACCGUAAAACGCCCUGAUGAAGUGUGCGCUAGUCACACGAAAAGCGUAGGGGACAAUAAAACAGUUUUACAACUCAGUGCUGCUCACUGGUUUAUCCUUUUAAAAAUAUUCUUUACAACCUCUUGACAGGCAAUGUAGGAAAGCAGCACAUAGGAAAAGGAUGGAACAAAGCGGAAAUAUUCGAACUUGUUCAAGGGAAGACAUUUUUAUUGCCUAAAGAUCCAUUUGAAAACAUUAAGGCGAUUCUUAUCUGAAAGUUAAUUGGCAGCUCUAUCGAGUUAAAUAGUAAAAUAUGUUCAGUGCCAAAAAAAAAAAUUUUGAACAAUUUAUUUGGGUGUAACAAUUAUUUUUUAAGCGACUCGGGUAUAGUUCAACGGGGUAGGAAUUUAUCUCUUGGGGCAUCAAAAACGCUAUCUGGAGUCAUUAUUGUGAACCUGUUGUCGUCUAAUUGUUGCUUUCGCUUUUUGCUUUUGGCGCGGUGUGUUCUGUAGCACCUUGUAAUAAUCGUCGAACUUUGAAAUACCUGUCGCACUUUUUACUUAAAAAUAUGUAGAAAUUUGUAGUAACAGACCUAAACCCAAUAAUAAGUACAGUCGACUCCCGAUAACUCGAACCCUCGCUAACUCGAACUUCGCGCUAACUCGAACCAAAAUCGAUUUGCCCUAGUUUUCCGUCAUACAUUCCCUGUAAUUUUACCCUCGCUAACUCGAACCCUCGAUAACUCGAACUCCCGCCAACUCGAACCAAUUUUCGUUUCCGCUCAGGUCAUUUUCUAUAUAAUUUUGCCCUCGAUAACUCGAACCAUGUUCUGAGCCCUUAAAAAGUCGCGAAAAAAAGCCGUCUACUGGCGUCCGAAACAUUGAAUUUUGGAUUUCCUAUUGACGUUUUGUAGGAGUAUAGUUUACUAGUGGAGGCUGAUGUUGAUUGUCACAGGCUAACGUGAAGCAGCUUUACUUCUCAAAACAGUAAAACGCAUGCUCCAUUUAGGCUAUGUUUUGUUACGUUACGUUCUGAUUUAUAAUCUAGAAGUAUCUUUUAAUUUUCACUUGACAUUUCUACAAUUAAAUGUGAUUAAAAUGUUCACGGUGCUCUACAAACUGUUUUUUACCUUACUCUCGGCUAUUUUCUCCGAGCUCUCGUUAACUUGAACUCCCGAUAACUCGAACUUUUUUCGAUUUCCCUUGAAGGUUCGAGUUAUCGGGAGUCGACUGUAUCAUCAUCGAUAACAACAACAAUAAUAAAAUAACCAUAACAAUAACAACAAUAACAAUAACAAUAAUAAAAAUAAGUAAACAUUCCACUGAACGGUUUUCAGCACCCUUUUCUCAGAUCAAGUGUGGGUGGAGAAAAGUGUUCACAUCAACUGCAGCCUUCCGGCUUCAAGAGCUUUGUAGGGAAGUAGAGCUUUUUCUAUGUGGACGACCUCGAGACCAUGAGAUUGUGUCCCAGUAACAGCGAGAGUCCGUAAUAAUGGGAGUUUGAAUUAGAAUUUAGCUGCUAUCCGUAUUAUCGGGUUGUCCAUAAAAGUAAGGUGUCCCUCUGGCGAAAGGUGAUUGUAUAAGCAAAAUAUUUUGAAAGUUUUACUCGUAGCAUGGGCAAGAUUACCUGCGAGGAUAUGUCCAGAUAUAUCGAGAUUUUAGAGGUUAUCGCCAUGAAUAACCACUAUACUAGUCUUACAUAAGACCAAAUUAGUAUAAAAACCACAAACUUCGUGUACAAUGCGGUGCUACGAUCAUUAUCAUAAUCAUCAUCAUCAUCAUCAUCAUCAUCAUCGUUAUUCUAUAGUUACUAUAUUACCUCACUAAAAAGUUCUUUACCAUAUUUGCCCACGCGGCAUUCAUUUGCCACAAUGACUACUAAUUCUAAUUUUAUAUCAUGAGCGGCUUUGAUAUAAGAUAGGGACUUUAAGAUCCAACGACGCGACGGCGACAAGAAUGUUGCUAAAAAAGUGAAUUUGCCUUCUUUCAGUCUUAAUAGCGAUUAUUCCUAACCACUUACUUUGUCAAAUGUAGGCGAACGCUCCUGAAACUGAAUUUCAAGGGACCAUAUUCAAGCUCCGAAAGAGAAAUAAAAUUUCGUCGUUUCUUGUUUACGUCCUCUAUAAAACGCGAAAUUAGGCAUUUUCACGUCGUAGCCGUGCAAAAACGGGAAAGAAAUGUACAAAAUAGUGUGAUGCACGUGUGAAGUUGUUGUUUUGCUUAUUAAACUUAAUGUAUUUUUGACGUUCUCGUUGUCGUCCGCGUCGUUGGAUCUUAAAGUCCCUAAUAAUCACCAGCGUCAUCAUCUUAAAACAUCCUCGAUAAUACUAGCAAUAAAGCUAUUAUUACUGUUAUUAUUGUUGUUAUUGUUGUCGAUGAUGAUGCUUAUUAUUGGGUUUACUUGUCCCCCGACCAUCCAUUUCAAGUUCAUUACAUUAAGUGCGACAGCUUAUUUUACGACAAAGUGCGACAGAUUUUUUAUUGCAAAGUGCACCAAGUGUUAUUACUAGGUGCGUCAGGUAUAACAAAGUGCGACGAUUAUCACAAAGUGCCACAGAACAUGGUGUAAGAAAAUUAAUGUUAUCAACUUAUUUUGUUGAAUUUCUUCUUCAAAUCAUUCAAAUUUUUAUUUGCUUCUUUUUUUACAUCAUGCUUAAGUUUUUGCAAAAAUUAAUUUUCUUCAAGUGAGUUAUCGUUGGCGUGGGAGUCUCCGGCGAUUCGCAGAAAGCCUCAACAAUCAGUCUUGAAUUGAAUAUGAGGUCUUGCAUUAAACGUCAAGCCAUUUUCGGUGAGCUCAUUUAUUUCCUAUUUGUCUCAGACAUAUGUCGCCAGAUAGAGUUUGAUCACUCUUUUGAUGGAAAACGCCUGAAAAAUCACGUGAUUCGUACUGCUGAGAUCCAGAGUGAACGAUCCUGUCGGACUUUGUGCUACAUGGAACCAAACUGCGUCAGUUACAACUUUAACAAAGUCACAAGGAAAUGUGAGCUGAAUAAUUCCACCUCAAGAGAAGGAGAGGAAAAUAUGGAGUCGAAUCCAGGUUAUGUAUACUGUGGAGCUAAGGUAUGCAAAGUUUUACAAAUUAUGAAACUUUGUAAAAAAACGAAAUGUUACUUGUUUGGAUCGAGGAUUGUUUGCGAGUGCUCCAAUUAUGGUUCUAUCACUUUCUGAAGUAAUGCAGCCUUGGGGGUCGCUACUGUCAACUUUUUAGAAAACAUAAUGAAAGUUUUCCAAAACAAAUGUAAUUUGAAGACAGAUUUUGCCCGCCUGCAUUAAUUAGUUCUAAUGGAAUGAUUUCUAUGUCCUUGAUCGAAUGAUCUGGAAGGGAGAAGUGUUCUGAAACGGUGGUAGGAUGAUUAAAUUGAUAUGGAUUUCUGGCUUUUUCUAUGGAGCGUCGUUGCUCUCCAAAUCUGUCACUGAACUGGCGUUUAGUUUCGCCGAUGUAUUGCAUGUUACAUUUAUUGCACUGGAUCAUGUAAAUGAGAUUGGAAGCUGAACAGGAAUUGUGGUGUGGGAUGCGUCGUAAUUUCGUUGGUUGAGUAGAAGGUGUGGGACGUGGUUCCAGGGGCGGAUCUAGCGGAGGGUGCGGUGGCUGUGCACCCCCUGGGGAUGACCUGCGGUUUUCUAACACAAAUGGUAUUCUGCAAAAAAAAACAAAAAACUAUGUGGUUUAUUGGUGUUGAAGUGGAGCAAGAGACGAGUGCACGCCCUCCUAAAAAAAAUCCUGGAUCCGCCCCUGGGUUCCUUCUGUAAUAAAAGGACACUUCUUGCACCUACUUCUGUUACAGCGGAAAGCUCCAGGUGUUUUGGGGGAUGGUCUGCGGUGUUUGGCUCUGACUAGGAUGUCGCGUAGACUCAGUGCAGCGGCGAAAGGAUAGGAUACUUUCAGAGAGCCAUGCUAUAGGGUCAGAACGUCUUAAUUGCUGAGUUAUGAAAUCAGAAUGUCAAAUUCAUUUUCAAAUUCAUAUACGUUCAAAGAAAAUUAUCUUACAAAAAAUUAGCUAAUGUAUUAUAAAAUUAGGGAUUUCUUAUUUCUUUUCGUGUCCCUAGAACGCUUGUGCAAAUAAACCUUGCAAGAACAAAGCAACCUGUCAAACCGGUUUUACCGGUAAAGGAUAUCACUGUUUGUGUCCAGUGGGAUUUGAAGGGGAUCAUUGCGAGAACGGUAAUUUAAUUGAAAUCUUUGUCUAGUCCAAAUAUUGUAAAUUGUAGCAAAUAAACAAGGGGCAAUAUCACGAGAAGUUUCCCAAGUUUUCGCGCAAACUACUGUAUUAUUUAUUCUGUUAGGCGCCCUGGGCGCUUAUCAAAUUUUCCGGUGUUCGUGGGUGCGUGCGUAUUUGUGGUGGGCGCUUGUUCGAGGCUGUGCGCUCAUUAAAUUUUCAUUAUUUUUAGCACGUAGUAAGUUAAUUUUUUAACAAAACAGAGACUACGAGAUACGAGACUUGAAGAUGCACCAGAACAGAAUUUCAACUGUUCAUUGAAAGUUUAUUAAGGAAAACUCGGUCUUCGGGGAAGUCUCUUUUAGUACCUAGCAAUUCAAUUUGUAUCUCAUCGUCAUUAAACUCUCUUGUGUUGCUUCGUCGAGAUGUCUCACAACCUAACGUCUGCAAAUUGGUCAGUCGACGAGAAGCAAAAAGGGUUGCAAAUUUAAGAAAUAAUAAACCGAUACUCUUCUUAUCCACUUAAGUUUUUGUUGGUUAAGAGGGGGGGGUGGGUUAGUUGGCUAGACAAAAAAUAUCACUUUCGUGUCUCUCUGUCUACCACAUUUAGGAAGGGAUUGAAACUUAGAAGUGGUAGUUUCUAAGCUGGCUCGACUGAAUUUUUUUUAGGGGGGGAUACCUCCCAAGUUUGAACUUUAACUACGUAGCCAUGAACAAGAUAUCGGAAAACGUUUACCACAGCGGUAUUAUACAUAGAUGAAAAUUAGUUACGGUUUGUGUUUUAUUUUGACAUCAGAGUUUCAAUGGCAACGUAAUGACGCCAUUAGGCUUAUUUCGUAGACUUCAGUAAAGCCUUUGAUUCGAUACAUCGUGGGAAAUUGAUGGAGAUCUUGAAGGCAUAUGGAAUUCCAACAAAGAUAGUGGAUGCCAUCAGCAUACUCUACAAGGACAACGAAGCACAGGUGAUAUCUCCUGAUGGUGAUACGGAAUUCUUUGAAAUUUUUGCGGGAGUUCUGCAAGGAGACACACUCGCACCUUUCCUAUUUAUCAUAGCCCUGGAUUAUGCCCUUAGAGAAGCUACUAGAGAAACACACACUGGGUUCACGCUUACACCACAGCAGAGUUCCCGUCAUGCAGCAACAUACAUCACCGACACUGGUUUCGCGGAUGACCUUGCCCUAAUUUCUGACUAUCUUGAAGAGGCACAACUUCUCUUAUUAAGACUGGAGGUUGCUGCGAAAACAGUGGGUCUGCAUGUUAACUACAAGAAAACGGAAUACAUGCUGUACAAUCAACCUGUAGGUGAUCUUGUCACACUGGGAGGGAACAAAUUGAAGCAAGUAGAUGACUUCAAAUACCUUGGUUCGUGGAUACAAUCAAGUGAAAAGGACAUGAAUAUAAGAAUUGGACAAGCUUGGAGUGCACUCAGCAAAAUGAUGAAAGUGUGGAAAUCAAACCUAAAAAAUCAUCUCAAAAUAGGUUUCUUUCGGGCCACAGUUGAAAGUGUACUGCUUUAUGGUGCUGAAUGCUGGACAAUGACUGGAAAUAUGAGGAAUAGACUAGAUGAUACGUACACAAGAAUGCUCAGAGCAGUUCUUGGAGUUUCCUGGAAGGAGCAUAAAACCAACAAAGAACUGUACGGCAACCUUCCUAAGAUUACAGAUACACUGAUGAUCAGGAGGCUGCGGUUUAUAGGACACUGUUGGAGAAAAAAGGAUGAGGUGAUAAGUGAUCUACUACUCUGGGAACCAAAGCACGGCGCAAGAAAGAGAGGAAGACCAGCAUUAACAUAUGUAGACCAGCUGCAAAAUGAUACUGGUUUGAGCAUUGCUGAACUGAAGAACAUCAUGGAAAACCGGAAGGAAUGGAUGAAGCUAGUUAAUGGAGUUCGAGUUCGCUCGAAAUAAAUAAGCAAUUUCUCGGUACCAGGAGUUUUUUUCGGAAAUCGGUAAAGGAAGCUUUUACCUCCCUUCGCUGUCUCGAUUAUGGCAAAGUUUGAACAAAUUUUAUGAGAGCGGUUUGGAAAUAUUUUGGAAUGAAAUUUAAAGGGUCAUAAACAGUGAAUAAACAUGCCAUCGACAUAACUCGCUAAUAUCUAAAGGAAAGAUGAGCUCUGAAAAUGCAGUCUCAUCUCAUAGUGGUCUGAUUUCAUUUGAAACUGUCUACGAAAAAAAAGGGGAAUUGCUUUGGCCGAUUGCGAGAAAAGAAUUUGAUUAGCCUGCAUUCAGCUGCUUUUGAUACCAUUUUUGUGUGUAAUUUAGCCCACUCCCACAAAUUUCAUGUUAAUUUUGAAAUUGCUUGAUAAUUUUUUUCCAAAAAAAUUUGGCAACGGCCUGUAGCUGCGUGCUUUCAACCUGAUUUUGAGUCAUUCGUCCUCUUGUUUUCUGCAAUGCUGAAGUACUUAGAAUUUUUCUCAACCAACCAUGCAUUAAUUUUCUCACAAGUUUCUCCCCAUUAAUAGAACCAUCAUACUGACUAUAUAAACUUUUUUUUGCAGACAUAGACGAAUGCGCAAAAAAUACUCACAACUGCGGUGCUAAUGCUUACUGCAACAAUACCAAGGGAAGAUACAACUGCUCUUGUCAUCCGGGAUAUUACGGAGACGGAAAGAAUUGUGAACCAGGUGAGUUAGCAGGCUUUGUGUCGACUUACUAGGUCCUAGAGAGAUUAAGUAAACAGACCGGUACCACGCAUUGCCAGUCCUGAUAAUCCAAAAAGCACUAUGUAUUGCCCUGUCAUAUGUUUUAACGUGCCGUCUUUUUUAUAGAUAGAAUAUGAGCCCCAUAUCUGACUGAAGACAGCAGGUCUAGUUCUUAAACAGCUGAUGGUUGAAAAAGCAUUACAUGAGUUUUAAGGUUUUAUGUAUUUGGUAAAAGAAUCCUUAAAAAAAAAAGUGCCGAAAGUAAUGAUUAAAAACUUCACAAACCGAACGUAAAUAUUCAUAUUGGUCAUAUGAGAAUACCAACAUUAUUAUUCAUUUAAAAUAUUUCGCCGUUUCUGAUGAUUGGCUGCCCCUCUUCAUAACCAACCGGCGCGCCUACCCGUAUUUGGAAGAUGCGAGCAAUACACCACCGAUUAGAUAGGAUAUAAUUAUGUAAUUGCUAAAUAUUCCCGUCGCUGUGGACACUGGUUGCCAUUUUUGAUUAGGAAGAAUAACUUUUUCCCCUUGAUUUAUUGUAUAUACUGCAUGUUUUAUUCAAAAUAUACAUUAAAGCGCGCGGAGCUGCCUAUCAUUUCAGCAUGGAAAAUAUAAUAACGCGCACGGUUAUAAAGCAACUCUAUUUAUUACCGUCCUUCUUUUAUUUUGUAACACAGUUUCAUCGUGUAAAGACCUUUACAACAAGAAAAUGUGAGUAAAAGUACAAGUUCAAUUUUUAGUCCAUUAAAAUCACAAACUUUUUGUUUUGGGGACUGUGCAGUAAUUAUAAGGGGGGAAUUGCGGAACAGAAGGAGGUUGUAAAGGCAGAGUGCAGCAAUACACCAAGAGAGUGGGAAGGUAUCUAAAUUAUUCAUUGAAACGAUGGGGAUGAUAUCUAGCUAAUUUUCAACAAAAAUUUCAAGUAUCAAAUUUUCAAGUAUGGAAAACUAACAUCAGUAUAGCAAAUGUUUGAAAGUUGCAUUAUAUGGAAAUAACAAAGGGCAUUACAGCUGAUUAUGUCAUUCUUGGCAAAUUAAUUUGCAUAAAAACUCUCCGUAAACUGCUACCUCAGGUGCUCCUUGAAAGUAGUUGCACAUUAAUUCAGGUAAGCUUUACUGGCUUAUUUAUAGCUAGGGUUGUAAAAAUGGCAAGCGUUUCCAAAUCAACUUCCUCAGCUUAAUAGACGCCAUAUUAUAGUCCGGCAGGAUCAUAUUCACCGUCUAUAUCCAUCGCCCCCCGUGACAUAAAGAUGAGACACCAUUUUUCUUUCGUUUUUCUACAGCCUCCUUUUUUCUUCUUUCUUCCUUUGACUACUAUCAAUUUCUGUUAUCAUAUCUGUAAUAGUUUAUGAUUUUUAGGCUUCUGCCGUAAAUAGGCCCUUGUUUGCAUUGUAAUGUGGCUUGGUAUCGUUGUGAGAAAAACUGUACAGCACAUGCUGAAUAGACGAUAGUUAAAAUUGUCACUACCCCAUGGAGGAGGGUGUUAUUUAACAGCCUUAAAAGAAAAAAAAAUUAAGAAUGACACUUUUCAGCGUAUAAAUUUUCCCCAUGGCUAUGAUCGAUCUUAUUGUCUAUUUUCAAAUCUACUGGAAUAAAUCUUCCUUCCGAAUCAACAAAUUGUUUCACGAUUUUUGUUAAACAAAUUACACACCACCUCCCCACGUAAGCUAGAAGCGCUACUAAAAAUAUUUGAGAGGCCCAUUCAUGACCACAGAUAUUCUACACUGAGUGGGAACAAAAAAGCAAUAAAAAAAAACAAACCUGAAAAGGGCACUUGGUUGACUACGCUGGGUAUGAUCACAUACAGACAAAAGAUACAUAUUGCCGGGUUUUCAGUGUCACUCCAACAAAAAUAGAUCGAAUUAAAAGUCAAAAGCGUUACAUACAGCAGAUAAAGUCCAGAAUCUUGGAAAUGAAAGGAGGUAAAUAUGCAAAGAUCCUCGCCAAGAUUCAAGUCAGAGCGAUAUUUCAUAUGCGAGAUAUCCGGAGAAAUGUUUUACCGAAAUUUAUAGAGCUUUGUAUGGAGACGUCAUGUUGGUGCCCAUACGGAUUGGCACCAACAUGGCGGCCGGAAAGCAAUAGAAACAUCUGUCACUGAGUUUUGCUACGAAAGCGUGCAUUUAAUUCUCGAGGAACUCAUAAACAUUAUAGUAAUACUUUUUCUAAUACAUGAACUGUUCAGAUAGCACAAUAGCCCGAAAUAAGUCACUUUGUUAACCUACUUGACAGCUCUCCCCAGGGGCACCCAAUCAAUCUGUUCCUCAAAUUUCUGCUGGCUGGGGGAUUGAGAGGAAAUAAUAUGUCCUUGGAAGGAAAGUGUUGCUAGGAAAAAGACAAAUAAGAGUGUCUGAGGAGAUUUGAUGUCUAGAAAAGCUGCUAUCAGGGUGAUAGGCUCCUGCUGUUAUCCUGCUAACCUAGUUCUCCCCCUCCCAGCCCCCCCUCCCCCACUAAAGGGGUGAAGUUAGCCCUUGGGCCACAACCUUUCUCCUAAUCCCCCCUCCCCACUGAAGGUCCGAAUUUUUCCGUAUGACCACACCCAAACUGGUUAGUAAUGUCUUAACAUACGUCUGCUGUUAAAAUUUCCGAGUAAGUCAGGUUGCAGGUUGUAAAUACACCUUCCUGGCUGGGAACUCUUCCAUCAGUCUUGCUUGGAGUGAGGAACAGAUAAAUUUUCCCCAGCAAUCUCCCAAAAUGCUUUAAAUGGAUUUAGAAACCUUUAUUCAUGCUUUGUUGUUGCUUUAAGGUCCUAUUCUCAAAAUUUCCCGUUGUCUCUCGGCCGUCAUGUAAAUGCCUCGUCAAGCAUAAGCUUCUAAAUUCAACUAUACAAUGUGUACUCUACCACAAAACCAAAAAUCCUUUCGAAGAAAAAGUUUGUGUGAAUAUUAGUUUUUAGUUGCUCUAAUACGUAUACGCCAUGAAAGUAAAAUCUCAGUACUGCUUGUUUUACAGUUUGAACUUUAGUGAAGUCAUGUGAAAGCCAACAAUAAGAUAAAAUUAAGUUUGAGCAAGAUCAUCGGGUCAGUGUUGUCGACACCAUUGCGUUAUAUUCAUUAUUAGCUAGGUUUUCAUCGUCUAAUACUUUAAUUUGCGUCCAUACGUACUAUAUACAUUUCUUUCGCGCCACGAACUUGGCUUAAUUGCUUUUGCGUAAUCUUUAUUUGUUUUAGACAUUGCCUACUGAUGAUAUUAUGGACAGAAUUGGCAUUUAAUUAAGCUGGAGGCGUUAUAAAAGAAGUCAGAAAAACGUUUUUUAACUUUGACCUUCCGCAAUCUUGCUCUCCCCGCGACAACGAUCGUUGUGAGCCGUUUUAGUCCUCCAGUUAGUCGUAAACGCACGCCUUCUUUGGCUCGUCACGCAAUUAAAGGGUUGCGUGACAAGCCACUAGGACGGCGGGUAGGAGGCUGGUCACCAGGUAGCCACUAGCCGAUCGUUACUAGCGAUCAAUUGGGCACAAUAGUAUAUUUUUGUCCCAGGAUCUCACUUAUUAAGGUAUUUUGUUCCUUGUAGAUCAAAUGAAAGCAAAGAUUACCCACUGAUUUUGGGAGAUGACAUUUUAGAUAUUUAUUGCAACAUGACCACUACGGAAACUGACGCAUGUGGAGUUGGUGGAUGGACUCUGGCUAUGAAGAUUGAUGGAAAGAAGGUAUACGUUGUUCCAACAUUGCCCAUAAUAACAGUGCAUAAUAACGAUGCAAUCUGAACGGAGGACUCGAGUAUUUUACUUAGACCACUGUAGUACACGGUAUAUCUAGGUCCGUAGCAGUAAUUAUCCGUCGGUCUUGUCUUGUUGAGACUAGGAAAGGCCGAUAUAGGAAUGAACACAGUUUCGCAGAUGAAGAUCGAAGGCCGGGUGCCCAUGUGUUAAGUGGUAUAGCAAGGAUGUUUUACGCCUUUUUUUUCCAGGAAUCUUUUUAGUUUGCGCAGAAAACAUAAGCGCCGAUGAUAAGCGCCGUCAGAGCCUUUUGUCUUCAUCUCGUGAAAAAAGUGCGGGGGAAUCUCAUUAAGAUAACAUCAAGUGUUAUUUUUUUGGUUGUUAAACCGGUUUGACAGGUUUUAGGUUUGCUAUAUAUGGUCAUAAUUGAUUUUAAACUGGUUUGGAAGGUUUCUUUACUUUCCUAGUUACUUUUGAGCAAUGAUUAACCUGUAGGGAUCAUGUUCUUAUUUGGUUACGAUGAUGUCACUGUUUCUUUUACAUAAUGUGCGUCAUAUCCUUCUUUGGUUAUGACGUAUUUUGAUUGUUAGACUAUAUACUAGGGAUACCUUCCGGCAAGUGCCAACGAGGCGAAUUCGUUUAUCUUUUGCGGAAUGUGCCUAUUCAGAUCUUCGCGAUAUCUUUUUUCAUAAUUAUAAAGGUUUAAUAUGGAUUCCGUUAUAGAAAAGGAUGGCACCCAACUUCAAAACAACAACUUUGGCACAUUCUAGGCUUUUAAACAAUAACAACAUGGCUUGAAGCUUUGUUGGUAAAUAUGAGCAAGUUAGCACUUAUGUUUCAUGGAAAAUUCCAUUGUAUCAAAGCUAUAAACGUUAGAAAGAAAAAUAUAGUUCAAAUGAGGCCUUUGACUGGUGAAAUUAAAAAUAAUAAUUAAAUUCCGAGCACCAGCAUCAUCAGGGAUAAGAAAAGUGUUUCGCGUGGUAAUAUACAUAAAAAAAAAUUGGUGUAAAGUAAAAUGUGUGAAAAGCGCAAGAAUGGGGCGGAAUGUGUCAGAGGUAUAAAAAUAUAAAUUUGAAUAAAAUACAAAGAUCUGAUGAGCGAGUGUCACAGGACAAAGAGUCUCUUGAAAGGCAUAAUGAUAGUCUUCAAAACAAAAGGUCCGCAAAUUCGUUGCAUUCCUCACGGGAGUUUUGGGCUGUCUCAACGCAAAUCGAGCAGCAAAAAAACAUGCUGGUUGACAAAAUCUCUUGAAAGACAUAAAUAAAUUCUAAAAAAAAGGUCUGCAAAUACGUUGCAUUCCUCACGGAAGCCUGAGGACUGGCUCAAUGUAAAUCGACCUGCGAAGAACAUGCUGACUCUGACAUACGUUUUGAGAAUAUAACCCUAUGCCUUGAUCAACUACCGCGUAAAAUUCAAUUCACAAAGGAAAACAGAACACUGGAAACCCUGGUUCUGAGUCGAGAAGCGAACACGCUACCUCAAUGUAAAUCGAGCUACAAAGAACAAGCUAGUUCUGACAAAAAUUUGAGCGUAAAACCUAUUCCUUGAUCAGCUGCGACUUUAAACACAAUUUAUAAAGCAAACCAGAGCACUAAUUGCCCAGCUUUCAAACUAGGAAUCGUAUUAAAGCUUGCUCACCAGUUAGGUCCUCUUGAACAGACAACGAACAGCUGCAAACUGAAUCACCCAAUCUUGAACCACGAGUUGUAAAUACAAGACCAUGACGUCACUACCCAAAUAUGGGGUCUUACUUACACCCAAAUAUGGUCAAAAAUGCAAAUGUUAGAGGGUUACGCAGAAUUUGAGAGUUUUUGCCUACAUUGCGCGGCGUUAUAAUUCUGCCACCGAGUCAACCUCGCUUCUUAGCUCGGUUGCCUCGUUGGCAAUUAGAAAAAUGUUAAAUGUUUUAUUCAUUUUCAAGAAGGAAUAGGCGGCAACUUCUCUGUCAUUUAGAAAUAUUGCACCGCAACUGAAUUAUGCAAGUUGAUUUUCAUGCCGCUUUCAUUAUCUAUACCAUUGAAGACAACUUUUCUUCCUGGCUCCGGUUCACUGAUUCUUGGCGCGUAAUAUAUAAUGGCACAAUCAAACCUUUGCAGCAGCAAGUCAUUCACGCGGUCAUGGGCUCCUGACAUGGUAUAAAACCGCCAUGCUGGAGACGUACUGGGACAUGACAAAUAAAUUACCAUUUGAAAUUAUGAAUAACUAAUUGAGUCUUUUUGGUUUUUCUUCUGCCAGUGUUUCUCUUGCUCUCCAGCAUGAUGGUUUUGUACCACGUGAAUUACUAGCUAGAGGGGUACAUGUACCUUUUUCAGGCUUCUGGUUAUCGCUAGUUGAGGUAUAUGAAAGGGUAGGGAAUUUGGCUAUUUGGUGUAAAAGGAAACAAAAUGGCUAACAAGUGCAUUUCAUGGCUGUGGAAAAAAAAAGGAGAUAACUUUCUGGUGAUGUAAUGCACUCAUAUUUAAAAGAAGGUGCGUUUACAGCAUUCAAAAGGAAUGUAAGGAACUAGGCAUAUGAAAGGGGUGCCAUUUGUCAAUAGAAGGUAUACGAAAGGCACCUGGCCUGUCAAAAAUGGUUUGUAAAAAGGUAAGAGGUUGAACGUCAAAGCGGAGCCUACCCCUGGGGCUUUUAAGGUCGCGGGGGGCACCUAAUGCUCAUUGUUAUGCAUUUAUUUAACGAGAAUGCACGACGUACAACGACUGACAUCGACAAGUUUACGAGAUAAUAAUGACUGGGAUAAAAUAUGGGCACUUGAUUUAAGGCGUUCACGUGUGCACGUGUGACAUAGAAAAUCCACUUUUGUCAUAACACACUGGAUGGUUGGAUCAAUCCUUUAUUUAUUAAAUUAAAGUGUGCUGCCUUCUGUUCGAUCCACAAACUUGGAUACGUAAAUAUACCCGGAUUUUUGAAAACCGGGUUAGCAAAAAUAUCCACUAAUUCUACUAGUUGGCAAUUUAAAACAAGAAAACUCGUUCAAAGGCCGAUUAAAAGCGUUUAUAUGACGCCGGGCAGUAAGUUAAUGGUCCCCAGAAGCAUUCCAACGAGUCCAAAUUUAAAAUGACGCAAAUUUUAGAACAUUUAUUCAGUAAUGUGACUUCGCGAAGUUUCAAACCGGUGUCAUUUCAGUCUAGAAAAUUUUAAGUUGAGUGAACUGUAGCGAAAGAGUGCCUAGUUAAGGCUUACAUAACAACUUAAAUAGUUAGCAAAACACUACUUUUUGGGCGGUCCGAUAAACAACAGGAUUCCGCAUGGAAUAGACUACAAACUGAAUGAAACACAGUGCACAAAUUAUCACCUUCUUAUCUGCCAAAAUCGGCUUAUGGUUCAAUGCCAAUAGAGCCCACUGAAACUAGACCUAGAUCCAAUUUUCGCAAGUCGAGAGUUGCUUUUACAGGGUACAAUCAGCUAAGCGAAACACCCACGAAACAGUAUUAAUGGCUGGCACAGAAUAUUUUGGCCAAACCGCAGUUCAACCACGCGAUCACAUACCUGUCAACACCAUGCGGAAAUCACACAAUCACACACUUUCGCGGUACUGAUAAGACUAUCCACAACCACGCAUAAUCUUCUCACGUUCAACAUAAGCGAAAUAUCAUCGAAUAACUCGGAAAAACUCAGCCUACUGGCAAAUAAACACCUCUGAACUUUUCUCUAACACUUGUCUUAUUCAAGUUCCCGGAUGCAGAAUCACACGGUCGGCGGAUCACCUUAGCCUUGUUUUCACACCAGGCCUGGGUCAAAGUUCACCGGCAAUUUUGCUCUCAGCUAAUUCAUUUGACUCCUAAGAGCCUGUUCCCGAGGACAAAGACUUAGUGGUCCCCUUAGAAAAGCGAACAAUAUCGUACCUUUCUGUCUCAGCCCGGAUCAGGGUGAUUGAUCCGUUUAGCCAAAUGAAACUAGAAUAUAAUACGAUAUUGGACGAUGCAGAUUCUGCGAAUCGUAAUAACUUUGUCCCAUCUCAGAGCUUUACAUGAUGCUCUCCGGGAAACUUUCCUCAAGGUGACCAAUGUAUAAAACAAAACUGGUAAACGGCACCGAAACCCAGCUUGAGGCGCACGCUGAUUUCAAUUAACUGUCACUUGUGUUAAAGAAAGAAUUCUGGGUAGGGAAAAAAGAUCAGGAGGGAAGGGAGGGGGGGGUAAGAUAGUAAUUCUGUCUACAUGCACUUCUACACAAAUCCCUAACCAAAAAAACAAGCAAAUAACAAAAAAAAAAAAAACGACAUAAGCAAGCAACACAGUAAACAUAUGUCAAACUAUUAGACAGGCGAAGUUGAGAAAAAUUUACAAAAUGUUUGCUAACCCGAUGCAAAUUUAUAUCUUUUGCUAGUUGUGCACGUGCAUAUGAAACUUGAAAUCAAUGCCAGUGAAUAAUGAGGACGCUCACUUGUAAACACAAAAUUGGGGGAAAAAAUUGGUUAUAUUUGAGGCUCUAUUUAAAAGCCUUUCCUGUUUUCAAUGUUCUUGAAACUUGCAGGGAAUAUUUUUUGACAAUUGAUCUCCAGAUUGUCGAAUUUAUAAAAAAAUGUAUCGAGCGGUUUUUUGAAAAAUGCAAAAUUUGUAGACAUGGACCAAAUUACGUCCAAAAACUAUAACAAAAGCAGCUGAAUGCAAGUCAAUAAAAUUCUUCUUACUCGCGAUCACUCAGAGCAAUUUCCCUCUUUUUUUGUAUGCAGUUUUCAAUGGAAUCAAACCACUAUGGGUUGAAGCCGCGUUUCCAAAGCUUAUCAGUUUCUUAAAAUAUUAGCGAAUUGUAUGGAUAGCAUGCUAUUUCACUGUUUUUAUGAUUGUUAAAACUGCAUGUCAAAAUAUUUCGAAAACGCUCCCAUAGAAUUUGUUGAAACUUUGCCAUCAUGGAGGCAAUUAUGGCAGGUACAUACUCCCUUAAGCGAUUUCUUCAAAAAACUCCUGGUACAGAGAAACGCAAAGAUAAGUAAAAAGCGUAAUGGCGUCAUUACGUUGCCAUGGCGACUCCGAUUGCAAUAAAACCCAGAUCAUAAGAAAUUUUCAUCAUUAUAUAAUACAGUUGUGGUAACCCUUUUCCCAUGUCUUUAAUCAUGCGAACGUAGUUAAAGCUCAAACGUGGGAGGUAUCCCCCCCAAAAAAAUCCAGUCGAGCCACCUUAAAAGAAACGUUAAAGAAUUUGAAGUUUUCCACAUGACGUCAUCAAAAUUCAAACUAAACUUUUUAGUUUUCACUUUCAUGAAGUAUUAGGGCAGCUAAAAACUUGUAUUUUUACAAACUCUUUCUUUAGAAGGGUUCUUCUUUGAGUGAUAGGUUACGCUUGAAUUUUUAAGCCUUUAUGUGAUGACGCGGCAUUUACAUGACAGUCAAGGGAGCUUUCAUGUAGGUGAAAAAUUGACUUUUUUGGGGGGAUUUUGCUAUCUGAACAGUCCUUGUAUUAGAAAAAGUAUAACUUUAAUGUUUAUGAGUUCCAACGAGAGAUGAGUUCCUUUUUUCGUAACAAAACUUAGGAACCGAUGUUUCUAUUUGCAUCCGGCCGCCAUGUUGGUGCCUCUCAGAUGGACACCGACAUUUCUCCUAAUAUCUCGAAGAUGAAAAAUUGCACCGAUCUGAAUCUUGGCGAUAGUCCUUGCACAUCUAACUCCUUUUAUUUCCCAAAUUCUGGACUUAUUUUUGAUGGCGUGCCAGCUAAAACUGGCAAUUCAUAAAAAGGAUGAAGUACAAAGUGACCAAUUGGCAAUUGGAGCAUAACUAAAUAUUUAAGGUCUUUAAGGAAAAUUUCCUUUCAUCUAUUUUGCAAAACAAAGGUUAGGAUUUAAUCCAAAUGAAGCAUAGGAAAAAUUACCAAAAAGAUUUUCAUACAAAUUAUUUAGGGUCACGGGGGUUAAGCAAGCUAAGGGUUAAGGAUAAUUAUAUCACAGUUUUCAAUUAUAUUAAUUGGAUAGUAGAGGAAUGCGGUAUUUGUUUUUUAUUACUAAUUAUAAUUCAAAACACUUGCUGAGGCUUAUUUUGAUUUCAUUCUGAAAAAACGAGAACACCGCUGUCGUUUGUAAUUGAAACCUACGACCUUUUCUCUUUUAAAAAAUUACAAUUGUUCUAUUUCUUCCAUUUUUUUGUAUUACAGAAUACAUUUCACUACGAUAACGCCUUUUGGAGCAACAAGGAAACCUUUAACCUUUUUGGAGGGAAGACUGGGUUUGACGACCAUGAAACGAAGCUUCCCACCUACUGGAACACAUCCUUCUCCAAGAUCUGCCUCGGUAUGAAGAUCAACAACCAGAUCAAUUUUAUUGAAAUCACUGAGAGCGCCAGUUCCCUGUAUUCACUGAUCGCUGAUGGGCAAUACCGCAGGACCUCACUGGGUCGUGACAAGUGGAAGUCACUGAUUGGUUCUGAGGCCUCCUUGCAGAUCAACUGUAACAAGGAAGGGUUCAAUGCUGUUGGUGUUGAUCGUCAACUAUCUAAAGCAAGAAUCGGUAUACUUGGUAACAAUGAAGACCACUGCCGUAAUUGUGACUCCAGAAUUGGGUUUGGUACUGGAGGAAAACAUGAUAACGACAACACAUGUGGAAACGAAGCUUCCGCCAUGGGUGAAAAUGGUAACAAGCACAUGGGCUACAUCUUGGUGCAGUGA